ACUCUUCGGGCUGAACGAGGGGUUUUCGCUGUUACCAAGUGCUGAGUGCUGCAACUGAAACUGGGAAAAAGACAUGGCGCCAGGCAAAAAGGUACAAUAAAAAUCCCUGCAAACUUCAACUGCAUGGAUUUUAUUCCUUCUCUGUGUAUAUUUUAUUACACUGCAGUGCAAUUACAUAUAGGUCAUAGUUGUCCUAAUGGUCGAUGGACUGUGAUGUUGUAAAGAAAAUGGUGUCAGUGCAGGUUUUAUGUUGUUUAUGAAAUAGCCAGGGUAAGGUGGUGACGACGAAAAUCUACUUUUCUAUCACCUUUGCACCUUUGUACCUGGAUUGCAGCUUCUUUCAUGUCAUUGCAAAUCAAGAAAUCGAAUAUUUAUUCAUUUUUAUGUUUAUUUUUGGCCUUUUAUACCUUUAUCAAAAGAAAAGGACAGUGGAUAAAGUGAAAAAACUGGCUGAGAGAGUGGAGAAUGAAUGCACUAAAGGGCCCAAGGUUGUAAUCAAACCCUGACUGCCUGCUGCUCAGACUAUGGCCUACUAUAUAUAAGUGCUGUGCCACUUCCCUAUGAAUUACCACCAUGAGUAUUUAUCGAAUCAUGAGCCACUGAGGGUAGAUGGUUCUGCACCAACAGGGUAUCCUUGAGCGUCUGAAUGCUGGGGAGGUGGUGAUUGGCGAUGGAGGCUUUGUAUUUGCCCUGGAGAAGAGAGGCUACGUGAAGGCCGGGCCCUGGACUCCUGAGGCUACCGUCACCCAUCCUGAGGCCGGUAAGACAAAUGUGAAGACAAUGAAAGCAGUUUACACACACAUAACCAAAAUAACUCACUUUGAAUGUAAAGAAUCUGCAUGUUUUCUUUAGUGCGUCAGCUGCAUAGGGAGUUCCUGAGAGCUGGUGCAAACGUCAUGCAGACCUUCACCUUCUACGCCAGUGACGACAAACUGGAGAACAGGGGUCAGAGCUUGAAACUCACUGUAAGUACCGAACUAUACUACGUCAACCUAACAUAAGCGAUCAGAAUUUUAAAUGAACUGUUUUUGAUAUCCAUCUUUCAGGGUGCUCAGAUCAACGAGGCCGCUUGCGACCUGGCAAGAGAAGUAGCCAGUGAGGGUGACGCUCUGGUCGCCGGUGGAGUGUCUCAGACUCCAUCCUACCUGAGCUGUAAGAGCGAGACAGAGGUGAAGGCCAUCUUUAAGAAACAGCUGGAUGUGUUCAUGAAGAAGAAUGUGGACUUCCUCAUCGCUGAGGUGGAUUUAUAUGUCAUCUUAUGUAGUGUAGUCAAAUAUACACAUAUAAACUCUUAAUAGUUACAGUAUUGUGUCUUUCUCUGCAGUACUAUGAGCAUGUGGAGGAGGCUGUGUGGGCUGUGGAGGUGUUGAAGACUAGCGGGAAGCCUGUGGCUGCUUGUUUGUGUAUCGGACCAGAGGGAGACAUGCACGGCGUCUCACCUGGAGAGUGUGCCGUCAGACUGGUGAAGGCUGGUGUGUGUUUAUAUUAGCCUGCACCACCUGAAGUUUGGUCUUGUUAUCUGCUACGACAAUAACAAUUCCUCCUCUGGUUUCCAGGUGCUCAGAUUGUGGGAGUAAACUGCCACUUUGACCCCAUGACCUGUGUGAAAGCCGUCCAAAUGAUGAAGGCAGGAGUGGAAAAGGCCGGACUGAAGGCUCACUACAUGGUGCAGCCCCUGGCUUUCCACACACCUGACUGCAACUGUCAGGGAUUCAUCGACCUGCCAGAGUUCCCCUUCGGUAAUACAUCUCACAAUAAUAUUAAACAUGAAGGGUGACAUAGGGGGCAGACUUUUACAGCUGUAUCCCACUUUUUGUGUGCCUCCAGCCCUUGAACCCAGGAUCCUCACCCGCUGGGACAUGCACAAGUACGCCAGAGAGGCAUACAAGUCUGGCAUCCGCUUCAUUGGUGGCUGCUGUGGGUUCGAGCCUUAUCACAUCAGGGCCAUUGCAGAGGAGCUGGCACAAGAGAGAGGGAUAAUGCCCCCAGGCUCAGACAAACAUGGAAUGUGGGGUUCUGGUCUGGAGAUGCACACUAAACCCUGGGUCAGAGCCAGGUAAAACAUCCAGAUAUUCAAAACGUUAAAUAGCUGCAACAUUGCAUCUCCUCCUCUUCACGCUGCAUGUGUCUUUAUUUCCUAGGGCCCGUCGUGAUUACUGGGAGAAUCUCAAACCUGCAUCUGGCCGUCCACUGUGCCCUACCAUGUCCACACCAGAGGGCUGGGGUGUGACAAAAGGCCACUCUGACCUGAUGCAGCACAAAGAGGCCACCAGCUCCAUGGAAAUGAAGCAUGUGCUGGAGAUGCAGAAGAAGGCCAAGUCCUCUUCCUGAGCGAGGCAGAGCAAGAAAAGCAAAGACACCCAUCACAUCCGCUGUCAACACUGGAGGGGAUGAGGGAGAAGGAGAGAAGUUUUCCCAGUUUGGUUCAGUAAUAAAAGCACUUGUAACAGCGAUGCUCCACAGGUGGAGAGCCAGAAAAACCCCAAGGGUAAUAAACCUGAGUUUGUUACUGAAUUUGAAGGCUGUGUUGUCAUUAUGUGCGAUUUACACCACCGCAACACCCACUAACACUUCUGCCAUUACUUAUCAAUGAUAUGAUCAGAUAAAAAAUCAUCACAAAUUUA